CUGGGCUGAUGUCCAUACAUUUUGAAACUGAUGCCGUAUCAGUAGUGGACCACGUGGAUAUCAGCAGUUGUGAACGUUUUUCGUCCAACAAAACGAAUUAUUGAUCCACAGGAGAGGUAAAAACCGUUUUAACAAUGUUUUCGAUUUAGCUGCAAAUCCAGCUACUACUCCCGCAACAAGUUCUCGAGCUACAACGGCUUCGCCUGCGACCGAAGAACAAACAUUGCGGGUUACAAUUCAACACUUCUCGAAGAUGGUGGAUACACUCUGUUCUCCGUGUAAGCGGAUUAAUGGAGUUCCCUGGAGGAUAAUGGUAAUGCCAAAACAGCAUAUGGUUCAAAAAAAGAAUCAAAAAUGCAUGGGAUUUUUUCUACAAUGCUGCCCUGACAAUACUUAUUCUGAUGCAUGGACUUGCCAAUCUGUAGCAGAAAUGAGGCUAAUUGCUCAGAAACCUGGUGUACAAAAUUUCGUACGAAAAACUACACAUGUCUACAGUGCUAAAGAGAACGAUUGGGGUUAUUCCUGCUUCAUGACUUGGGCGGAUGUUCUUGACGAAAGCCAAGGAUACAUUAAGGACGACCGGGUUACGUUAGAAAUCACCGUUAAAGCAGAAGCGCCAAAGAAUAUGAUGUCACGUGAAGAUUUUCGACGUUCUAUUGACCAAUGGUACAAUUUAGCAGAAAUGCAACUAGCCCGAGGACAAGUUGAUUUAUCGAUCGAAGCAAAUGCGCAGGCGUUGAAAUUCUGUAAAGACAAAGAUAAACAAUCACAAGAAAAGCUGGAAGCGCAACGAGAACGCUUGGUGAACCACAAACUGGUUGAGAGUAUUCAUCGAAUCGAGAAGGGCAUUUUUUCGAACAUUUACUCAUUCGAAUAUGUAUUUAGUGCACGUACUCACUCCGAUAUGGAGACAAUGCGGCGAAGUGUAGCUGAAUGGAAAUGUGCUCAUGACGACUGUGUGUCGACAAUAUCUCAGACUAGGAUAGAAUUCGAAGCAGCCUGCGAGUCUAUUCGCAAAGGGCAAAGAACUCUUGCUCAGUUAACUGAUUUAAAAGUACCUUCACCGCCGGUACUUCCAAAGGUAGUUCGUUUGCCUCCUGUACAGGUAGUGCAACCAUCCACUCCUGCAUGCACUACCAUUUCGACGUCGGUUUCUGCGGUAAUUCAACCACCACCAGCGGGUGUAAUUGGUCAACCUCGUACACCACAAAGCAAUCGUCCAGGGCCAGCACCGGCCACACUCCCCUUAGACGAAUCUGCCGUUCCAUCAGCAGCUGCCCCGGCUGCGUCACCUUGGUCAUGGUCGACGCCUCUAGGUAGUCUGGCUGAUAUUCGUCCGUUGAGACCAGCAUCUGAGCAAGCUCAUCCACUGCUUCAACAGCAGUCUCAUCACGAAAUUUGGAGAAAUGGUACUACCACGGAUUCUUCACAGGUAGUAGACUUCAUUCCUCAACAUUGUCUUUGUCCAGUUUAUAAUACAAAUGCAUAUGUAUAUAUAUAUGUAUAUAUACAUAUAUUCCGGUGUAGAUUUCUCUUUUAA